AUGUUCAACGCCCAGAGAUUCCAAAUAUUCCCUGGAAACACAUAUCACAAAUUAUUUCAGUCAUCAUCAUCAUCAUCAUCAUCAUCAUCAUCAUCAUCAUCAUCAUCAUCAUCAUCAUCAUCAUCAUCAUCAUCAUCAUCAUCAUCAUCAUCAUCAUCAUCAUCAUCAUCAUCAUCAUCAUCAUCAUCAUCAUCAUCAUCAUCAUCAUCAUCAUCAUCAUCAUCAUCAUCAUCAUCAUCAUCAUCAUCAUCAUCAUCAUCAUCAUCAUCAUCAUCAUCAUCAUCAUCAUCAUCAUCAUCAUCAUCAUCAUCAUCAUCAUCAUCAUCAUCAUCAUCAUCAUCAUCAUCAUCAUCAUCAUCAUCAUCAUCAUCAUCAUCAUCAUCAUCAUCAUCAUCAUCAUCAUCAUCAUCAUCAUCAUCAUCAUCAUCAUCAUCAUCAUCAUCAUCAUCAUCAUCAUCAUCAUCAUCAUCAUCAUCAUCAUCAUCAUCAUCAUCAUCAUCAUCAUCAUCAUCAUCAUCAUCAUCAUCAUCAUCAUCAUCAUCAUCAUCAUCAUCAUCAUCAUCAUCAUCAUCAUCAUCAUCAUCAUCAUCAUCAUCAUCAUCAUCAUCAUCAUCAUCAUCAUCAUCAUCAUCAUCAUCAUCAUCAUCAUCAUCAUCAUCAUCAUCAUCAUCAUCAUCAUCAUCAUCAUCAUCAUCAUCAUCAUCAUCAUCAUCAUCAUCAUCAUCAUCAUCAUCAUCAUCAUCAUCAUCAUCAUCAUCAUCAUCAUCAUCAUCAUCAUCAUCAUCAUCAUCAUCAUCAUCAUCAUCAUCAUCAUCAUCAUCAUCAUCAUCAUCAUCAUCAUCAUCAUCAUCAUCAUCAUCAUCAUCAUCAUCAUCAUCAUCAUCAUCAUCAUCAUCAUCAUCAUCAUCAUCAUCAUCAUCAUCAUCAUCAUCAUCAUCAUCAUCAUCAUCAUCAUCAUCAUCAUCAUCAUCAUCAUCAUCAUCAUCAUCAUCAUCAUCAUCAUCAUCAUCAUCAUCAUCAUCAUCAUCAUCAUCAUCAUCAUCAUCAUCAUCAUCAUCAUCAUCAUCAUCAUCAUCAUCAUCAUCAUCAUCAUCAUCAUCAUCAUCAUCAUCAUCAUCAUCAUCAUCAUCAUCAUCAUCAUCAUCAUCAUCAUCAUCAUCAUCAUCAUCAUCAUCAUCAUCAUCAUCAUCAUCAUCAUCAUCAUCAUCAUCAUCAUCAUCAUCAUCAUCAUCAUCAUCAUCAUCAUCAUCAUCAUCAUCAUCAUCAUCAUCAUCAUCAUCAUCAUCAUCAUCAUCAUCAUCAUCAUCAUCAUCAUCAUCAUCAUCAUCAUCAUCAUCAUCAUCAUCAUCAUCAUCAUCAUCAUCAUCAUCAUCAUCAUCAUCAUCAUCAUCAUCAUCAUCAUCAUCAUCAUCAUCAUCAUCAUCAUCAUCAUCAUCAUCAUCAUCAUCAUCAUCAUCAUCAUCAUCAUCAUCAUCAUCAUCAUCAUCAUCAUCAUCAUCAUCAUCAUCAUCAUCAUCAUCAUCAUCAUCAUCAUCAUCAUCAUCAUCAUCAUCAUCAUCAUCAUCAUCAUCAUCAUCAUCAUCAUCAUCAUCAUCAUCAUCAUCAUCAUCAUCAUCAUCAUCAUCAUCAUCAUCAUCAUCAUCAUCAUCAUCAUCAUCAUCAUCAUCAUCAUCAUCAUCAUCAUCAUCAUCAUCAUCAUCAUCAUCAUCAUCAUCAUCAUCAUCAUCAUCAUCAUCAUCAUCAUCAUCAUCAUCAUCAUCAUCAUCAUCAUCAUCAUCAUCAUCAUCAUCAUCAUCAUCAUCAUCAUCAUCAUCAUCAUCAUCAUCAUCAUCAUCAUCAUCAUCAUCAUCAUCAUCAUCAUCAUCAUCAUCAUCAUCAUCAUCAUCAUCAUCAUCAUCAUCAUCAUCAUCAUCAUCAUCAUCAUCAUCAUCAUCAUCAUCAUCAUCAUCAUCAUCAUCAUCAUCAUCAUCAUCAUCAUCAUCAUCAUCAUCAUCAUCAUCAUCAUCAUCAUCAUCAUCAUCAUCAUCAUCAUCAUCAUCAUCAUCAUCAUCAUCAUCAUCAUCAUCAUCAUCAUCAUCAUCAUCAUCAUCAUCAUCAUCAUCAUCAUCAUCAUCAUCAUCAUCAUCAUCAUCAUCAUCAUCAUCAUCAUCAUCAUCAUCAUCAUCAUCAUCAUCAUCAUCAUCAUCAUCAUCAUCAUCAUCAUCAUCAUCAUCAUCAUCAUCAUCAUCAUCAUCAUCAUCAUCAUCAUCAUCAUCAUCAUCAUCAUCAUCAUCAUCAUCAUCAUCAUCAUCAUCAUCAUCAUCAUCAUCAUCAUCAUCAUCAUCAUCAUCAUCAUCAUCAUCAUCAUCAUCAUCAUCAUCAUCAUCAUCAUCAUCAUCAUCAUCAUCAUCAUCAUCAUCAUCAUCAUCAUCAUCAUCAUCAUCAUCAUCAUCAUCAUCAUCAUCAUCAUCAUCAUCAUCAUCAUCAUCAUCAUCAUCAUCAUCAUCAUCAUCAUCAUCAUCAUCAUCAUCAUCAUCAUCAUCAUCAUCAUCAUCAUCAUCAUCAUCAUCAUCAUCAUCAUCAUCAUCAUCAUCAUCAUCAUCAUCAUCAUCAUCAUCAUCAUCAUCAUCAUCAUCAUCAUCAUCAUCAUCAUCAUCAUCAUCAUCAUCAUCAUCAUCAUCAUCAUCAUCAUCAUCAUCAUCAUCAUCAUCAUCAUCAUCAUCAUCAUCAUCAUCAUCAUCAUCAUCAUCAUCAUCAUCAUCAUCAUCAUCAUCAUCAUCAUCAUCAUCAUCAUCAUCAUCAUCAUCAUCAUCAUCAUCAUCAUCAUCAUCAUCAUCAUCAUCAUCAUCAUCAUCAUCAUCAUCAUCAUCAUCAUCAUCAUCAUCAUCAUCAUCAUCAUCAUCAUCAUCAUCAUCAUCAUCAUCAUCAUCAUCAUCAUCAUCAUCAUCAUCAUCAUCAUCAUCAUCAUCAUCAUCAUCAUCAUCAUCAUCAUCAUCAUCAUCAUCAUCAUCAUCAUCAUCAUCAUCAUCAUCAUCAUCAUCAUCAUCAUCAUCAUCAUCAUCAUCAUCAUCAUCAUCAUCAUCAUCAUCAUCAUCAUCAUCAUCAUCAUCAUCAUCAUCAUCAUCAUCAUCAUCAUCAUCAUCAUCAUCAUCACAUCAUCAUCAUCAUCAUCAUCAUCAUCAUCAUCAUCAUCAUCAUCAUCAUCAUCAUCAUCAUCAUCAUCAUCAUCAUCAUCAUCAUCAUCAUCAUCAUCAUCAUCAUCAUCAUCAUCAUCAUCAUCAUCAUCAUCAUCAUCAUCAUCAUCAUCAUCAUCAUCAUCAUCAUCAUCAUCAUCAUCAUCAUCAUCAUCAUCAUCAUCAUCAUCAUCAUCAUCAUCAUCAUCAUCAUCAUCAUCAUCAUCAUCAUCAUCAUCAUCAUCAUCAUCAUCAUCAUCAUCAUCAUCAUCAUCAUCAUCAUCAUCAUCAUCAUCAUCAUCAUCAUCAUCAUCAUCAUCAUCAUCAUCAUCAUCAUCAUCAUCAUCAUCAUCAUCAUCAUCAUCAUCAUCAUCAUCAUCAUCAUCAUCAUCAUCAUCAUCAUCAUCAUCAUCAUCAUCAUCAUCAUCAUCAUCAUCAUCAUCAUCAUCAUCAUCAUCAUCAUCAUCGUCUUCGUAUGGCCACUGCUGACUGA